GGCAUGUCACAGAUGAGAGACUACAGUCAUGACUGUCAUCACUUUCACUGUGUCCGUGCUGUGCCUGCUGCCUCAGGCGGUGCUGGCACGGUGGGCGUGUGUGCGUGCGUGUCCGGCGUCCUGCUCCUGCACUCAGGAGAAGAGCUGCAGCGUGCUGUGUGACCGCACACACAUGGCUGAGCUGCCCAAAGAGUUCCCCUGCGAGGCCUCCGCCAUCAACCUGGACAAGAACAGCCUCAAGUUCCUGUCAGAGAGGGCGUUCGGCACGCUGCCCUCCCUCAAGUCUCUCUCUCUCGGCCACAACAACAUCUCCUUCAUCACCCCUGGAGCCUUCAAGGGCCUCACCAACUUGGUGGAGCUGAAAAUGGCGCACAACGACUACAUCUGUUACCUUCAUACACGGACGUUCACGGGGCUGAAGAAGCUGAUGCGCCUGGACGUGUCAAACUGUAACCUCUUCAACAUCCCUGACCGCAUCUUCAUAGAUCAACCAGCGCUGAGGGAGCUCUUCUGCUUCGAGAACAACUUCAGGAGGAUCCCGGGGGCCUUCAGAGGCAUGGAGAACCUGACCCACAUCUACCUGGAGAGGAACAAGAUCGAGGCGGUGGCCUACAACUCCCUGCUGGGUCUGACUCGUCUCAAGUACCUGAACCUCCAGGAGAACCGCAUCAAUGUAAUCCACGACCAGUCCUUCCAGGACCUUGUGCGGCUGGAGAAUUUCUACCUCAACGACAACCAGCUGACUGAUCUGCCCCGCUUCGCCUUCAAGGGCAUCAGCUGCCUCAAGAUGCUCAACCUCGGGGGGAACAAGCUGAUCAACGUCUCCAAGACCUGGUUCAGUGACCUGGUGGAGCUGGAGGUCCUGUACCUGGACAGAAACCAGCUGCUAAACAUUGAGGAAGGCACUUUUGAGAACCUGACCAGCCUGAUUACGCUUCACCUGAACAGCAACAACCUCACCACCCUUCCCUUCCCCGUUUUCCAGCCCGUCUACUUCCUGGGCCGCCUCUUCCUCUUCAGAAACCCCUGGGAGUGUGACUGCUCCCUGGAGUGGCUGAAGGAGUGGAUGGAAAGCUACAAGCUGGUGCGGGACAUCCCCUGUGCAUCACCUUCCUCCGUGGCGGGACUAGAUCUCGGGCAAGUGGUUUUCGCCAAGUCGAACGGCACGUGCGUGGACCCCGGAGAGCUGAACCUGACCACAGUCUCAUCAGAGAUCGUCUCCACCACUGAGAACCGUUUCAACAGCCUCAUCUCCAAACUGCUCCAGCAGGAGCUCAGAGAGGAGAUGGGAAACGGUACAGAGAGCCUCCGCAACGGGACCCUGCAGGAGCUUGAGGACGGGCUGCUCUCUGCAGGGGUAGGAGGGUGGCGGGCCCACGCAAGCCAAUCCCUUCUCUGCGUUGUUGUAUCGUGGUUCAUCUUAGCUUUGAUUGGCCAGUCAGAUAUUUAUUACUGUCUUUCUUGCACAUGAGAACUUUGGAAAUGGGGUUUGCUUCCUGA